GGCGCCCCGCCUCCUGUCUCCGGUCCUCACCUCCCCGCCCCCUCCCAGUUUCGCGUCUCCUAGCCCGACGCGCCCGCUAUAAAUCACGUGAUUGCCUCAUCCGGGUCCUUUGCGUUCUCUCUCCCUCUCCCAACAUGGCGGCCUCAGCGAAAAAGAAGAAUAAGAAGGGGAAGACUAUCUCCCUAACAGACUUUCUGGCUGAGGAUGGGGGGACUGGUGGAGGAAGCACCUAUGUCCCCAAACCAGUCAGCUGGGCUGAUGAAACAGACGACCUGGAAGGAGAUGUUUCAACCACUUGGCAUAGUAAUGAUGAUGAUGUGUACAGGGCACCUCCAAUUGACCGUUCCAUCCUUCCCACUGCUCCACGGGCUGCUCGGGAACCCAAUAUUGACCGGAGCCGACUUCCCAAAUCGCCACCCUACACUGCUUUUCUAGGGAACCUGCCCUAUGAUGUGACAGAAGACUCCAUUAAGGAAUUCUUUAGAGGAUUAAAUAUCAGUGCCGUACGUUUACCACGGGAACCCAGCAAUCCAGAGAGGUUGAAAGGUUUUGGCUAUGCUGAGUUUGAGGACCUGGAUUCCCUGCUCAGUGCCCUGAGUCUCAAUGAAGAGUCUCUAGGUAACAGGAGAAUUCGAGUGGAUGUUGCUGAUCAAGCACAGGAUAAAGAUAGGGAUGAUCGUUCCUUUGGCCGAGAUAGAAAUCGGGAUUCUGACAAAACAGACACAGACUGGAGGGCCCGUCCUGCCACAGACAGCUUUGACGACUAUCCACCUAGAAGAGGUGAUGACAGCUUUGGAGACAAGUAUCGAGAUCGCUAUGAUUCAGACCGAUAUCGGGAUGGGUAUCGAGAUGGAUAUCGUGAUGGCCCACGCCGGGACAUGGAUCGAUAUGGGGGCCGGGAUCGCUACGAUGACCGAGGCAGCAGAGACUAUGAUAGGGGCUAUGAUUCCAGGAUAGGCAGUGGCAGAAGAGCAUUUGGUAGUGGGUACCGAAGGGAUGAUGACUACAGAGGAGGUGGGGACCGGUAUGAAGACCGGUAUGACAGACGGGACGAUCGGUCAUGGAGCUCCAGAGAUGAUUACUCUCGGGAUGAUUAUAGGCGUGAUGAUAGAGGUCCCCCCCAAAGACCCAAACUGAAUCUAAAGCCUCGGAGUACUCCUAAGGAAGAUGAUUCCUCUGCUAGCACCUCCCAGUCCAGUCGAGCAGCUUCCAUCUUUGGAGGGGCAAAACCUGUUGACACAGCUGCUAGAGAAAGAGAAGUAGAAGAACGGCUACAGAAGGAGCAGGAGAAAUUACAGCGCCAGUUGGAUGAGCCAAAACUAGAGCGGCGGCCUAGGGAGAGACACCCAAGCUGGCGAAGUGAAGAAACUCAGGAACGGGAACGGUCAAGGACAGGAAGUGAAUCAUCACAGACUGGAACCUCAGCCACAUCUGGCAGAAAUGCACGAAGGAGAGAGAGUGAGAAAUCUCUAGAAAAUGAAACACUCAAUAAGGAGGAAGACUGUCACUCUCCAACUUCUAAGCCUCCCAAACCUGAUCAGCCUCUAAAGGUAAUGCCAGCCCCUCCACCAAAGGAGAAUGCGUGGGUGAAGCGAAGUUCUAACCCUCCUGCUCGAUCUCAGAGCUCAGACACAGAGCAGCAAUCCCCCACAAGUGGUGCCGGGAAAGUAGCUCCAGGUCAGCCAUCUGAGGAAGGACCGGCAAGGAAAGAAGAAAAUAAAAUAGAUGGAAUGAGUGUCCCAAAAGGCCAAACUGGGAACUCCAGCCGUGGUCCAGGAGAUGGAGGGAACAAAGAUCACUGGAAGGAGUCAGAUAGGAAAGAGGGCAAAAAAGAUCAAGACUCCAGAUCUGCACCUGAGCCAAAGAAACCUGAGGAAAAUCCAGCCUCCAAGUUCAGUUCUGCAAGCAAGUAUGCUGCGCUCUCUGUGGAUGGUGAAGAUGAAAAUGAGGGAGAAGACUACACUGAAUAGACCUCUGCGUCCUGUGCUUUCUCCUAGUCUCUCCACCCUGGAACGUUCAAGAGCAAAUCAAACCUCUAUCCAGACAAGACAAAUAAAACUCACCAUCUCCUGGAGACCUUUCUUAACUUUUUUUUAAAAAAUGAAAUGAAAUUCUUUUGCAUGCUGCUGCAGCCUUUAAAGUAUUGAAGUUACCGGAGAAUCGCCAAUGUAGCCAGAGAGACAGAAACUACAGCUUUUUAAUGGAAAAGUUGUGGUGUGUUCUUACGAUACCAUGCAGUUGCCUGUGUGAUUAGUGCCUAGGGGGCCUCCAUUUAGAAGAAAUGGUAAUGACAGUGGUAAAAUGUCUGGAUCGGUUGGGCAGUAGGGGAGGUAUAAGGAAGUGUGAGAUUUCUACCUUUUAAUUCUUAAUCUAUUGUGGCAUAUAUGAAUUCUCAAACAUUAUCUGAAUAAAUUUUCCAUCCUUGGAAAGGUAGAUUUAGUCUCUCAAAUUGUUUAGUCUCCAGGAGGCUGCCAGCCCUUCCUCUUACUUUAAUUCUGAGUUACUGGGGCCAGCCUAGGGGAAAUUCCUUUAUUUUUUUACCCCCCAGGGGGGUAGUUGGGAUUGAGUCUACAGGCCACUAAAGAAGAGGACUGCUUGGGGACCAAAAUAAAUGGGGAAAUCGUGGUUUGAAAAGAAGCUUUUGGGAGGUGAUGGAUUAGUUUGCACUGGGUAGUAGGUGUGACCUCCAGUAAACACUUUAUUUCCUGGAGCAGGAAGCACUUAAGGGUCACGGGAAUUCCCAGUCUUUUGUGUGUCCUGGUUUUGCCCUUUCUAAACUAAACUGCUAUCCUUUUUUGAAAGUUCAAAUGCAUCCAUAUUCUGUUGAAACCUUGAAGCUUUAAAAAAUUCACUCUUGUCAUCUCAUGUUCUUCACACUACUUUCACCUCCCAAAAAGCAAUCCAUUUAAUUCACGGAUCUGCUCUCUCAGGCAUUUUACAUCUCAGCCACUGGAAGCUGUGACAUGGGGAAUCACUGCUUUUCUCAAAACAAAUCAGCUCCUUGAUGUCUUUUGAUUCUCAUUCCUUCCCUCCAUCCAUGCCUGCUCCUGCUGCUUUGACCCCUCUUACAGAUCAGAGUAGUCUAGAAUUGAUGGUCUUGGGUGGUGAAUAAGGAUGGGUAAACAGAGACAGUUAAAUUGGAAGACUUUCUUAUGACUUUGGGGGGGUUUUUACAAGUUUUCUUCUCCACUGAAAUCCCACACCAGUGCUUGGAUUUAUAAUGUGGCCUAGACCAAUGUGGUUAUUUUGCUUUUUGGAGUUUGUUUUUUUAUCUUCCUAUGAGAGAAUAAAUGAUAAUGGAAAGAACUAUUUAACAAGGUCCUGGUUUCUCUUGCAACACAGUAGCUUAAUUUGUCUGCUUUUAUAUGCACCUUUGUAGGAGUCAACUUGGUAGAUGGAAUUCUUCCCCCUCAUGGGCAGUACUGCUAUAUUGCGGACAAAUGACUCCUUGGUCUCUUGUUUGCAAGUCCUUCUGUCUUCAGUCUCAGUCUAAAGCCUGGCUAGCCCUGCAGAAUGUUGGUCUGUGUGCUGCAGCAGUGGGCAUAAGGAACCAUUUACCCAGUGGGCAAAAGGCAUGUCCAGGGAAUUCACCUCCAGUAAUUGUCAGGGUCGGCUAGUAACUAGAAGUGGGCUUUUAGAGAACCAAGAUCAAACAGGGUUUUUAAACCAUUGGUUGCAGAUAAUGGAAAGGUAGAGUUUGCCUUCUUCAUGUCUACUCCCAAAUAGUUAAAUCCAAAAAAGUGCUGUUUUGUCCCCUACCCUACCCUACCCCCUGUUAAAAUAGAAACAGGGGUUGACUUAUAUCCCACCCUGAAUACAUGUAAAAUUUGUACAAAAAUAUCUUCUAUGAAAAUGAUUUGUAAUCUGUAGACUUACUACCUGGAAGAUGUCUUGAGAUGUAAAAUCCCAUCCUUUGGGUUGUGGGUUUUUUGUUUUCUCCAAAUAAAUCUGAUCUUUAAAGUUCA